GGAGAAAGAACUCCUGCCGCACGCACACAACCUGAAAAUCCUCAGGGGGCUGCUGGAUUUGUUAGACAGUUAUUAAGACCUUCAGAAAGAAGAGCUGCUCUUCAGAAUGACUCAGGAUCACUGGAUGAUCACUCUGCAGAAAGUGUUUUACCCUGUCCUGGCCAUCAUUGGAAUCCCAUCAAACAUCAUGACAUUUGUAAUCUUCUGGAGAAGGGACGGCUUAAUCUGUACUUCCAGCCGCUACCACCUGAUGGCGAUGUCCUUGGCCGACACUAUCGUUCUUAUCUUCAUUGUUAUCAUAGAGAUGAUCCUGAAAUACUACAGCCUGGAGCCUUUCUGGUACAAGGACCCCUGGUGCACCCUCCAGGACGUCUUCAGCUAUGGAGCAGUCAAUGCCUCCGUUUGGCUGGUGGUCUCCUUCACCACCGAGCGUUUCAUCGCUCUGAACACCUUCAAACUGAAGGGGAGGAUGUGCUCCCCAAGAAGCACACUCUACACGAUCAUCUUGAUCCACAUCUGUAGCUAUGCAGCAGCCAUCCCAUAUUACUGGUCCAACAAAUCAGAAGUAGUAAAUGGAACAGGAAGUGCGGUCUGUGUGUACCACCCGGACCUCCCUGACUAUUUCAUUGAGGGUCUGGUUUGGUUUCAGACCUCCCUGGUCAACAUUAUCCCCUUUAUCAUCAUCUUCAUCUUGAAUGGCCUGAGUCUUCGGCAGAUUAUCCUCAGUAACAAAGUGCACUGUGGGAAGGAUGGAGGGAUUCACAGAGUGGCUUCAGGGACACACUUUGGGAACCAGAAGAAGAAAUCUAUCAUCCUCCUGGUCACUGUCUCCAUGACAUUUGCUUAUCUCUGUACCACUAGAUUUGUCACCCAGAUUAUUCUCAAGACCUGCCAUUAUGACAUUGAUAGACAGGAUUACUCCAAAGGCAUUAAUGUUGCAGCGGAUAUUGGCACCAUGUUAGAACUGACCAACACUGCGGUGAAUAUGUAUCUCUAUGCUUGCACCCAGACUGCCUUCCGCAGGGAGUUAAUCCACUGUCUCAAAGCUCUUCUUUGUCCUUGCAAAGCACAGAGAAAACUCCCUCCAACAGUCUUACAGGUGUGAUAUAUCUCCCACUGUUUUAUGGAGAAGUCACGCUACAUGUUCGACAGGAAGCCAGAACAGCUCCCUGUGACUUUCAUAGAUUUUCAGGGUAGGAAGGGACCUCAGUAGGUCAUUGAGUCCGACCCCCUUGCCCUGGGCAAGAAAAAGUACUGGGUUCAGAUGACCCCAACCAGGUGCUUGUCCAGUCUCUUCUUAAAGACCCUCAAGGCAGGGGAGAGCACCACUUCCCUUGGAAGCCCGUUCCAGAUUCUGGUAACCCUUACUGUGAAGAAGUUCUUCUUAAUGUCUAGUCUAAAUCUGCUCUCUCUCAGUUUGUGGCCAUUGUUUCUAGUUAUUCUAAGGGACG